AUGAGGAAGGAAACUCAUCAUCUUGAGUUCAGUCUGCAAAGCUACAAGGGGGAUUUGAGUUCUGUGAAGUAUAAUGAUCUGGAUGAACAACAGCUGGAACAGUCACUCAACAAGAUUCGAGCUCCAAAGUUGAUGAGGCCCCGGAGGCGUAGCAGUGAAGGUAGGAGCUCGGCGCUUGCACUCCACAGGCCAAUGUUCGAACCUCCCAAGCCUCCUAUGUUCUUCUUGUCCCUUCUAUGGAGGAAGAGCAGCAGCCCAGUGGGGAAAAGGGAGAUUAGACAAGGGGACCCCAUCUCUCCUAUGCUGUUUGUUCUUGCUAUGGAGGUACUUUCCUUAUCUCUUGGCAAUGCAGUUUCAAACAGCCCAAGUUUUAAGUUUCAUUGGAGGUGCAAUAAGCUUUCCAUUACACACCUUGCCUUUGCUGAUGACUUGUUACUUUUCUCAUUUGGUAAUCUUGCAUCUGUCACUGUGUUGCACAAUGUAUUAACAAGGUUCCUACAAUGGUCUGGUCUCUCAAUUAAUUGUUCAAAGAGCCAUGUUUUCUUCUCUGGGGUAGAUAACCAAACCAAAGUAGCUAUACUCAACCUCCUGCUGUUUGAUGCUGGUGUCUUGCCAUUAACUUACCUUGGUUUACCUUUGACUUCAUCUGCAAUUAGUGCAACAGAUUGCCAAUCCCUUGUUCAAAAGAUCACAUUAGAGCUGUACUGCUCAAAUCCAUCCUCCACUCUAUCCAAACUUAUUGGUCUCAAACAUUCAUCUUACCCCAAAAAGUCAUUGAACAAGCCUAAAAACAAUGGUGGUUUAGGUUUUGAUUGUAUUGAUAUAGCUAAUAGAGUUGCAGGUCUCAACCAUAUUUGGAAAUUAUGUGCAAAGAAGAAUAGUCUUUGGGUGAAUUGGACCUACAAGUAUCUCAUCAAGAAUAAGAACUUUUGGACUGUUAAACCAACUUCACUCAGUUCUGGGUUUUGGAGGAAAUUACUGAAGCAAAAGGAAAUGGCUAGAAGGGUAAUCAAGCAUAGGAUUGGAACAGGUCCUGAUACUAUGAUGUGGAUUGAUUUUUGGCUUCCAAAUGGUCCACUUUAUUCUCAGCUGGGGCUUUCUGAGGUGGAAAUUCUUCAACUUGACACAAGUGUCAAAGUUGAUAGCCUAAUUUCCAACUCUCAGUCGUCAAUUCCAGGCUCUCUUUAG